UGUAAAAAGCUGACUACACUCGCUUGACUUCAAUAACACUCCUCCGUGUAGUCAUUUUGAGUUUUGACUGUUUAGUUGUUUACAGUUUAACUCAGGACUCUGGUCUGUGUUUAACUUUACUCAAGGUUAUCAUUUUGUGCGAUUAUGAAGUGAUUUAAACUCUAUUUUUUGGACUUGUACUUUUAAUCAGUGAAGAAAAUGUUGUCAAAGAUUUUGAGAACAUCGAAUAAAUCCUUGAGGGUAUUGCAAAAUGGUUCUGUAUGUAGUGUUAGUAUAAGAAAGACAAGUGUUUGGACACCAGAAGGAAUCAUCAAGUCUCCAUUCAAAACCAUAGAGAUCCCAAAUGUUAGCCUGUACCAUUACGUAUGGCAUAAUUUGGAUAAAUGGCCCGAAAGGACCAUGGCGGUUUGCGCAGAAACUGGUAGAGGAUAUACAUACGAGCAAGCAUUUAAACUAUCGCAUACAUUAGGAGCAAAUCUUCGUAAAAAGUUGAAAAUACGAGAUGGUGACACGGUGAUGAUUAUGUUACCAAAUGUGCCAGAUUACCCUCUGGUCGCAAUGGGGAUUCUUGAAGCUGGUGGAGUUAUUAGUACUAUAAACCCCGUUUAUACAGCACACGAGGUCCAACGGCAGUUAAUUAUGUCCGAAGCGAAGGCCAUAAUAACAUUACCUGACCUCACUGGAGUGGUAAAACAAGCUUUACAGCAAGCAAAAGUAAACAUUCCCAUAAUAGUCGUCAAAACGAACGGUGAACCGAUUCCAGAAGGAACGAUUGCAUUUAAUGAACUCAGUGAAGAUGUUCAUGUAGAUUUAUCAUGUUUAAAACAAGUUAGAAGAGACCCGAAGGAUAUUUGCUUUUUACCGUAUUCAAGUGGGACUACGGGAAUGCCUAAAGGAGUUGUUUUGACACAUAGGAAUAUUGUGGCUAACUGUGAACAAAUUAGUGACCCUAUAAUAAGAUGUCAUGAGGAUACUACAGAAUCACAUCAAGACGUGGUAUUGGCCGUUCUUCCCUUCUUCCACAUAUACGCAGCGACAGUGCUGAUGUUCCACAAGAUGAGACACGGCAUUAAGAUGGUGACACUGGCCAAAUUUCAACCGGAAGUAUUUCUUCACACGCUCCUGAAACAUAAGGUGAACUGGUUAUUUGUCGCACCGCCUUUGGUAAUGCUCAUGGCAAACCAUCCAUUGUCUUCACCCAAGCUUUACCGAUACCUCGAUAAUGUUAUCAACGGCGCUGCAGGAAUGACUUCAAGUGAUGUCGAAAGAUUUUUGGAGAAAGUCCAGCGUAAGAUCCGUUACAAUCAAGGAUACGGAUUAACAGAGACCUCCCCUGCUAUUGCUUUGGGUCACAAGGACGUCCAAAAUUAUGAUAUCGUUGGCAACGCGCUACCUAAUACUGAAUUGAAAAUUGUUGACUUGGAACUGAAAAGCUUGGGGCCUAAUCAGAUGGGUGAAAUAUUAGUAAGGGGGCCUCAAGUAAUGAAAGGAUAUAAAGACAACCCUGAAGCGAACGCCGAAGCCUUCACGAAAGACGGCUGGUUCAGAACUGGAGACUUAGCAAUGGUCGACGAACAAGGAAUGCUCAGAAUAUACGAUCGAUUGAAGGAAUUGAUUAAGGUCAAAGGAUUCCAAGUCCCCCCAGCAGAAUUAGAAGCCCUACUCCGAGACCAUCCAGCUGUCAACGAUGCAGCAGUGGUCGGCGUGCCUCACGCUACCAAAGGGGAAUCGCCUAAGGCCUUCGUGGCUCUAAAACCUGGGAAAAGUGCUAGUGCCAAAGACCUGUGUGAUUUCGUUGCUGAUAAAGUCGCAACUUAUAAAAAGAUAGACGAACUUUUGAUUAUUGAUAGUAUUCCUAGAUCUUCAGCGGGAAAGAUUUUGAGAAAGGAUUUGAAAGCAAAAUACUGUUAGCAUUACUUGAACAUUAUUAUUAGACAUAGGGUUGGUUUUUCAACCGUCUAAUAACUUUUAUAUGGAAAUUUUGACCUAUUUCUAGUUUCUAGAAUAUGUCUGCAAAAUUUCAUGGACUUUGGUUGCUUAAUAUUCAAAUGAAAUUGGAACUACGAUUGUAUGAAACG